AUGGCGAGGAGCCGGCAGUCCAUCCUCCUGGCCUUCGCCGUCGGAGCAAUGGCGGCGGUGCUGCUGGCCUCCCCGGCGGCGGCCAAGAGCUACAACAUCACCAAGAUCCUGGCGGCGCACCCGGAGUUCUCCAAGUUCAACGCGAUGCUGAGCAAGACGCGGCUCGCGUCCGACAUCAACCGGCGCCAGACCAUCACCGUGCUGGCCCUGGACAACUCGGCCAUGGCGGCGCUGGACCACUACACGCUGCCGACCGUCCGCCACAUCCUUUCCCUGCACGUCCUCGUCGACUACUACGGCAACAAGAAGCUCAAGCAGCUCUCGCGCGGCGCCACCGCCUCCGCAUCCAUGUUCCAGUCGACGGGGACGGCGUCGGGCAUGUCGGGGUACGUGAACAUCACGUCCCACAAGGGCGGCAAGGUGGAGUUCGUCAGCCAGGAUGCCGACGACACCGUCAAGCCUUCCCGCUACGUCAAGUCCAUCAAGGAGAUCCCCUACGACAUCUCCGUGCUCGAGAUCGCCUCCGUGCUCUCCUCCUCCGAGGCCGAGGCGCCCGUCCCGCCGCCGGCACCCGUCGACCUCAUCGAGCUCCUCUCCAAGAAGCACUGCAAGUCCUUCGCAGGGCUCAUCUCCGGCAACGCCGACGUCUUCCGCACGCUCAACGACACCAAGGACAACGGCCUUACCCUCUUCUGCCCCGUCGACGCCGCCGUCGCCGCCUUCAUGCCCAAGUACAAGAACCUCACGACCAAGGCCAAGACGGCCAUCCUGCUCUACCACGGCGUGCCGGACUACUUCUCGCUGCAGCUGCUCAAGUCCAACAACGGCAUGGUCUCCACGCUCGCCACCACCAGCGAGGUCAAGAAGGACUACAGUUAUGACGUCCAGAACGACGACGAGAAGGUCACCCUCGUCACCAAGGUCGUCACCUCCACCGUCACCGCCACCGUCGGCGACAGCGAGCCGCUCGCCGUCUACGCCGUCUCCAAGUUCUUGAAGCCAAAGGAGCUGUUCAAGGUCGCCCAGGCGCCAACGCCCGCCCCGUCAAAGAAGGGCAAGAAGGAGGCUGGCGACGACGACGACUCGUCUGACGACGAAGAUUCCGAUGAUGCCACCACUGAUAAGGGUGAUGCCGCGCCAGCGGUAUACGGGCGAUGGGCCACCGCGGCUGCGACGGCGGGAGCAGUAUUGGCAUUGUUGAUGGCCUAA